AUGUUAAAAGAUUUUGCAAAGAAGCUCUCUAGAUUAAGUUCAUUCCGAUUGCAUAAACCUAUGACAUCAUCUAGAAAACCUAUGACAUCAUCUAUGACAUCAUCUAGAAAAAGAACAUUUAAAUAUUAUCUUGAUGAACUCCCUCAAGAACUCAAUAAGUUAAAAAUCCUGACUAACUUUGUUGUGCCCGGUGUUUAUGAAAUAAUAAACGAAUGUCCAAAUUAUGAAGCAGCAAUACAAGCUUUACAAUCUGUGUACAUCAAACCAUCAAAUAAGGUUUAUGCACGACACCUCCUGGCAACACGUAAGCAACAGCCAGGAGAAAGUUUUGAUGAGUAUUUACACGCUCUUAAAGUUUUAGCAAAAAAAUGUAACUUUAAACAGGUGUCUGCUAUUGAAUAUCACGAUGAAUAUAUUAGAGAUGCACUUAUAACAGGAAUAAAUUCACAAGUUGUCAGACAGCGACUGCUAGAAAACAGUACAAUAAGUCUGGAUGAAAUAUUUUCAAAAGCUAGAACCUUGAAAUCAGCGCAGAAAAAUGCUGAAAAUUACCUCCAGCAUAAUACAUUAAAUACAACAGUAGCUGCAAUAACAAAAAAGCCAAAGCAAUUUAACUCAAAUUCUGUUUCGAAUUGCUGGAACUGUGGUAAUCAAAGAUAUGCUAAAGCUGUCUGUCCUGCUGGAGAGUCAAUUUGUUUUAAAUGUGAGAAAGUUGGUCAUUUUGCCAAGUUAUGUAAAUCUUCUAAAGUUACAAGAACAGGGAUGAAUCUUGUUGAUCAACGUUUGAACUCAUACAAUCACUUACUUGACUAG